AUGUCUCAAUCUUCUUCCCACAUUAGUCUCGGAUCAUCUUUACACGCUGAACAAGAAUCAAGAAAGUUAAUAGGGCAAAACUCAAACUUUGAUAGGGAAGAGGACGUUGAAACAGUUCGUGAUUCUCAUUCACAAGAAGAGAUACCGCAGUCAAACACAAGUAGCAGAAGUACAACACCAAGACCUUUUGCGCGGAAUCAAUCAAAUCUUGCGGGAACAGGUGAAUUGACACAUCACCACUAUCAUUCUCAGUCUUCACAGGAUAAUUAUUUGGGUGUGGCAAAACAUAACCGAGACAGAAGAGAUUCUCUUUCAAUUCAAAGUUUGAUUGCCACCACAGAUUCAAGGCCAACGUCCUCACAUCAAAGCAACAAAUAUUACCAUCAUCAUCCUUAUUCAAGAGGUGAGGGAUCAAGAAGGGAAAUGAAUUUCGGCUUAGCAUCCCACCUUCCAUCUCCGAUGUUCGAUCAUACAUUACCGCGAGAUUCUGAUCAAGAAAUGACAACUUCAAACUCUCUCUUGAGCACGGGAAGCGAAUAUAUGCAGUCUCCUGUUUCUGCCUCGAGUGCUUCUUUUACUUCUUCGAACUUUGGUCACCAGGACAGUGGGAGCAUAUUGGAUCAAGAUUCGUUCGCAGCUCUUUCAAAUGCAUCAAAAGCUGCCAACUACGGCCAUACGGGCGAGGAAGGUUUCGGUUCGUAUGGAACAGACCAUUCGCUCGUAUCGCCUUAUGACAGCUUGAGUAGAUCAUCAAGUGGCUUCUCAUUGCAGUCUGGAUUGAGCGGAAGUGAUAUGAGCAAUGCAGCAGGUACACAGAGUGAUACGCAACUGCUCGACGGUCAAACAACGCACGAUGGAAUGAUUGGACGUUCAAGAUCGGGAACGGUGCGCAGAUAUCAUUCUUUGAGUGGUUCCUUAUCACUUCCUCCCAGGAGUGAGGAAUCAGUUUCACCAACAGGAAGUGCAAUGAGUUUGAGAGCGUCUUCAGAUCGUGGUCGUGGUUUGGCAACAACUGCAUCGAUUUCAAUCUCGGAUGCAAGUAUGAACAGUUCAAUGUCACGCAAGAAGCGCAAUAAAUGCAGUCCUGAACAAUUCCGUCAAUUGGAAGCCUUUUUUGCCAAGAAUAGAAAUCCAACGGGUAAAGUACGUGAAGAGUUGGCAAAGAGUAUUCGAAUGCCAGAAAGAAGUGUUCAAGUUUGGUUCCAAAACAAACGUGCCAAGACAAAGUUGAUCGAAAUCAAGGAUGGUGUUCCUCCCGAGUUGCGUACGACAGUUUCCAAGCCAAGAAACAGUCAAGGUUCCGCAACAGGAAUGCGACCUUCUGAAUCAAGUUCUGGAUUCUCUACUGCGUCUGCAAGAGGGAAACGUGCAAUCAUGCAAACGUCUUCGCAGGAAGAGUCUGUCAUUCAACUUCCUGUAGUUUCGCUAUGCAUUGGAACGUGGAGAAGAAUCAAGCCAUUGAUUUGUUUGUUCUCCAGACGUCAGCAAGCUUUCACUUGGUAUCUUUCGUCUGAAUCAGUUGGCUUCAAGCUAGAAUGUCCAAGAUCAUGUGUGACUAGGGUGAUCUUCUCAGGUCCUCGAGCUCCAACUGUUCAUGAAUUUGGCGAAGGUAUCAAUACGCAAAUUGGUCAUCUUACCGUUGAACUGGAUAGACCACCUCAAUUCUACAUGGAGGUGUUCCGUAGCAGUGGUGCGUCACCAAAAGGUAAAGAAACCGAAGAGCAUCAACAACAAAAAGCAUCUUGGAGACAAUGUUCAGAUUUCACAGAAUCAAAACAAGCAACAACGAUAUUUUCGCAUACGAUCAGUGGACCAUAUGCGGAGCUGAGAGGAGCAGUUUUGCAAUUGAUGGAAUCUGGUGGUCCGCUUGCUUCGAUUGUUGAAUUGAGAGAUGAUGCUGCAGGUGCAUUUAAUGGUGUCUCUUCUGGCGCUUGGUCAGCAGAAUCUCAUUUAGCACAAGCAAAUUUUCACGGUCAUCCAAACGCACAAUUCGGUUUGCCUCAUCAACCUUAUUCUCAUCCACAUCAAGCGCCACAUUAUGUGCCUGCAGGUCAGGAAUCAUCAAUGUUGGGACAUGGCUUGGAUGAAGCGCAAUUUGCAAAUGCACCUCAGCAUUCUCAAUGGGACAAUAAUGCAACGCCUGUUUCAUGGCAACAAGCGAACUUUUCCAACGAUAUAGCUAGUGGACAUGAUGGAGGUCGAUAUGAUCAUUUGACCAUCAAUACUGCACCGCAAUCUGCUUCUGCAUUGGAUAUGAACAAUUUGCGAAUUGACACAAGUGCAUUACAUAGUGUUCAUCAUCAAGCUUCACAUACGUUUGAAGAUGGAAAUGGGCAGAGUACCUCCUAUUCUCCCACGAAUACCGUUCAAUGGCCACGUACUGCCGUUCAUCAAAGUUCAACUUGGGCAAAUAGCGGUCAUCCGUUGAGUGAAAGUGGAUUUGCUUCUGCUCCUGCUUAUCCGAUCAACAGUUUCCAACAACAGCAGCAGCAACAACAACAGCAAAGCCAUUUGUCAGAAACGCAUCCUUCUGCCAUCAUGUCACAUUCCAGUAGCGCUGAUGGAACAGGAAGUGUGACCGACGCUGCAGCCGUAGCAGCAGCGGCAGCCGCUGUAAAUGCAAAUGAGAUGCACAAUUCCAUGUUCAGUCAACCUGCUCAUGUAGCUGCAGCGGCAAAUGCUACAGGCUUCAAUGCUGCUCCAAGUCAUCAGACGCAAUCCACGCCAUCCAUGGAAGAAAGUGGAUUGGAUGCAAAUAUGCAUACAACUGCAACAACUGAUCAAUUGAUUUGA